AUGGAUAUACUUGAAGUAUCAGCUCCGGGAAAAGUAAUCCUUCACGGUGAACACUCCGUGAUGUAUGGAAAGACUGCUUUGGCAGUCAGUUUGGGAUUGAGAUCAUCGGUUGUUCUCAGGCAACAAGAGCCCACAGAAUGUCCUGUUAUCAAUGUCAAGUUCCCAAAAGUGGAUUUAGACGAGAUAUUACCUUUAAAACCAAUCGCUGAAAUUUUCCCCGGUCAACCUGUUAGAGUGGACCACGAAGAUUAUAUAAAUAAAAUAAAUACCGUACUUUGCCACAUCCGUCCCGGUUUCGAAGAACUGAAAGAUACCCAGAAGAAUUCUUUGAGAGCACUCUUGUAUGCUUUGGCAGGAAUUUUUGGUACAGCAAAUUUGGAUAUAACAGAUUUUACUAUACAACUGAGUACAGAUUUGACUGUCGGUGCUGGUACGGGAAGUUCCGCGUCGUUUGCGACCUGUCUCUGUGGCGUGUUCGUUAAACUGGUGCAGUUGAAGACAACGGGCGAGGUUCUUGAUUUUAGCGACGAUGAGAAAAAACUGGUGUCCGGUUGGGCGUUUAAUUGCGAGAGGAUUAUGCAUGGCGCACCCUCUGGCAUAGACAACACGACGUGCACGUUCGGUGCUCUAGUAUCAUUCAAGAAAGGGCAAGUGCCAGUACUAAGGCCGAGCCCCGAGCUGCGCGUGCUGCUGGUAGACUCCGGGGUGUCGCGUGAGACGAUCCGGCUGGCGGCGGCCGUGGCGGAGCUGCGCGAGUGUUAUUCCUCCGCAGUUGGCCAUAUCAUGGAUGCGAUGGACAAUGUAGCUGUUACUGCUGAACAGUUGCUUCAAAAAUUGGUUCAACCGGAAUCUGAAGAAGAGGUCAACUCUGCUUAUAAACAUUUAAAUGAGCUGUGGGAGAUGAACCACUGUCUGCUGGCGUCUCUGGGUGUCUCACAUCCCGCACUAGAGACAAUCCGCGCCAUCGCACAUGAACACGGUCUCGCCUGUAAGCUCACUGGUGCCGGCGGCGGAGGUAAUGCUAUUGUGUUGGUACCACCUCACACACAAGAAAUUACAGUGACGUCAUUGAAGACUAAACUUCUAAGCAGCGGCUACAAAGUCACCGACACUAUAGUCGGUGGUCCCGGUGUCACCGUUCAUUAUAAAACUGUCCAGUAACUGUUUUUAUACUUUUUUAUCUAGUGGCAGAAUCAUAACAUGCCUUUGCCUAAUUAAAAAUGUAUACGUCAAAUUGACAGUUUGAAAUUUUUUUAUAUUUGUUUUUGUGGAAUUCUGAUUAUGUGGCUCGAAUAAUUUAUAUUCAUAUA